UUCCGGGUUGUCCCAGCUGAGGAGUGCUGGAUGAAGUCCCUGGAGCCGCUGAUGGGGGAGGUGAGGGCACAGAUGGGGGACAAGCCCACGUACAUCAGCUUCGACAUCGAUGGAUUGGACCCCGCGUACGCCCCGGGCACCGGCACCCCGGAGAUAGCUGGGCUCACACCUGCACAGGCUUUGGAGAUUAUUUGUGGCUGCAAAGGCCUGAACAUAGUGGGGUGUGACCUUGUGGAAGUCGCACCAAUGUACGACGUCUCUGGUAACACAGCCCUCCUGGGUGCAAACCUACUGUUUGAGAUGCUGUGUGUUCUCCCAGGAGUGAAGACACUGUAAGAGUAGUUCCUGCCUGCUCCAGGACCACGCUGCUCCAUGUCCCCAGCCAGGCUUUCCAUGUCCCUUUCCCCUCAUCCAGCUGCAGCCAACGUGGGGCUUUGCAGCACAGAAUAAAUGCCAUUUUCCACGAGUAAAGGUAAUUUUAAGCUGAGAAGCUGUAGGGAGCAGAUGGGUUUGAACACCCCAUUUAACUGGGGUCUGGAGCUUUGAAAUUGGUCUGGUAAAGGGACAGAUGAGGCUAAUAGUGUUUGGCCUCUGGAAUUACUCAGCCAGCUUACAGGGCUCCUGGCAAAACUCACUGGUAAAGACUUUCUUCCAUUAGGAUGUGGCAGCAAGACAAUGACUAUUGUCUUGGGGGAGGGAGGGCAGCAAAGGGCAUCUGGGGAUCCUGCUGAGCCUAGGGGGAUGUUUGACUGAAGUUCCUGCUGGUGGAAUCACCAGGAGUUUCCUAUGGCAGGAGUGGUUUAAUCACUCCUGGAAUUUCUGAGCUGAUGUGGAGGUGAGGUUAGUUUGUACACGGAAACACAAAGCCACUUCAUCACACAUUAAAAUAAGUUUAUUUUGGUUGCGAACCUGUAAUUGUCUUAAAACAAAAUGACAUAAGUGCCUGUUCACAAAUACAAAACCAAAACCAAACCAAAACAAAAAAACCAAAACAAAAACAAACAAACAAACAAAAUAAAAAGACAAGUUUGCCAAAUAAGUUAAUUCCCCCCCUCCCAGUAUCAAAAGUGCAAAAUAGGUACCUAGUUUUCAGUCCUACUUGUCAAGCUGCGCUCAUGUCCUGGCUCCUGGCUGCUGUGGGUGAAGGGCAGAGACAGGGGCAGGGAGGAGUUUGGGAACAACCUCCACUCCAGGGCCUGUGUCCCUUCUUUCUCCUCAGCUCUGAGCGCUGUGCCAUCGCUGGGAUCUCACUAGGACAGUGCACUAGGACCGAAUUUCCUCAGUCUUUGGAUUAUGAACCACCACGCAUGGAACAGAAUCACAAGGGU